UUUCUUAAUUUGCUUGUGUCAGCAAAAUUCAAAUUUCAACCGAAAAUCACACAUCUCUCUUUGUUUAUAAUUUGACAUUUCUCGCCGACGUUCAUUUUGCUUGUUACUUCAAAUGUGUACGGUGCAUUGUGUUGAUUAGUUUCAAUCGUAACAUUUCAGAAGGAGUUGUUUUGUAAAUCAGAACACAAUAUAUUCUGAUGGUGAAAUGAAAGUGACUAAAUAAAUCGUUUUCUUCGACAACACAAAUAAAAUCUCAUUUUCAUAUCAAAACGUUUGAAAAACAGUUUCUGUUCAUUUUCAAGAUUGUGCUUCAAACCAAGAGUGCUGUUAUGCUAUUUUACAAAUAAUAUUUUCAUACGGUGAUUUACAUUUCGAUUUUGAUCAUCGGCCAUUUUUAAUAAACGUUUACUUUUGUCGAUUCAACAAUAAUUCCCUAUAAAUUCGGGUGUAUUUUUGAGGUGAUUCCACAGUUUAGUAAAGAAUUUCACAGCACCUUGUGUUCCAAUUGUCGACCAUUGCAUCGUGAAUACAACAUUUUCGAACGCGCUUUUUGUCAUUUUGCAGUGAAUGUGACAGUGUUGUUGAUUUAAUUUUCAUUAAAAUGAAGAGGAGACGUGCAAAAAUAAAUUCAGCCUUUAAGAAAAAUACGGCAAAAUUGAACGACAAUGAAGAGUUGCGAUCGAUAAAACUGUCAGCGCCUUCGGUAUUCAAGUCUGAAUAUUCGGAAGCGCUAACAGAGCAUUUUUUCCAUAAAUGCUACAAUGGUACAGUAAUAUGCUACCUAGGUUCGACAUUGUUUUUAUAUGUUGUCAACCUUGCAGCAGAUAACGAUGAUCGGCAAUAUUUCAUUGACAGUGAUGGAAAAAAUGUUAUACGUGAGUGUUUCGCCGCCGUAUCACGAGAAAAUUUGGAAAAUCCAAAACAACCGAAAAUACCACGUGGAUUCCUUGAAAUGAUUGCCGAUGAUCAAUUUGAAUGGCCAAGUAGGUACCAAAUGGGCAACGCAUUUGAAUACUUGAAUCAACAAUAUUUGUCAAAUGUUACGACAAAUUUGACAACGCAUUUAGAUAAUAUAUUGGAGAGCUUCUUGCAAAUGAUUCGCUAUCAAUUGAACGAAGACCCUAAUCGGCUCAUAAAAUUUGAUGGCAUUGACAUAAGAAAUGCAAAGAACAAUCUUAUGUUCAAUCAAGAUUGUACCGGAGGCGAUCAACACCGAACGAACAAAAUGAAUGAGUUGUAUGAACAAGUCGCCGUACGCUGUUUACCAUCAUUUCGCGAACGUUUGUCAAUGAUUGAAUACAUCGAGAAAAAGUGGUUUGAAUCGUUGUGGUUUUUCAUCUUCAUUCAACGUGAAAUAAGUAUAUUUUUGGAAGAGCAUCACGAUCUUGUGCAAUUAUGGCUACGACACCAACGCCAUCCGCUUUUUUAUUGCAAACCAUCCAAGCCAUUGCCACCAAAAAUAAGAAAUUUCACCGUCAUACCGAUAUGUGACUCGAAGUUGAAACACAUUAAAUUCGAUCAAGAUGAUUUGAUGAGCCUGCUGGCCCAAUGGAAAGUUGUGCCGAAGAUAUUUAACAAUGAUCAUGGAGGGCAUAAUAUGUAUAGCCGUAACUAUUACAAGGAGAACGAAGAUGAAGCAUGGGCCAUUUUGUUCAACAUGGACAAAAUCAACGAGAUCAAGAAACCGAACCAACAGUUUCAUCAUAUGAUAGUCUGCGAUAGCGUUUCCGCGUCGGUAUUGUACAGAACACCAAAGCCUGAGAUCGAGAAUACGGAGCUGCAUCGACAAAGAAUCAAGCAAAAACUCGAGAACAAUGAGUAUAAAUACAUCGUCGCAAUUGAUCCCGGUAUGAAAACAUACUUAGCCGGAAUUCGUCGGAAUAUUGAACAUCGCACUGAGGAAAAUUUCAAGAUAUCUUCGAAGUCAUAUCAUUGGGGUGCCGGACAAAAAGUCAGAGACAAAAUGGGAAAGCGUAUGACUGCCAGAUUCACACAACGAGAGCAAUUGGACCGUGAAAGCUAUCCAUCGAUACCAUCACCGCGAGGAAUCCGAUGGAGAAAUUACGUCAGGCAUCGAUUAACCAUGGUGAAAAAUGCAGUGGCUGCAUAUGCUCGGCGACGUUAUGCACGGCUUUCGUUUGACAAAUACAUCGGGUCACAAGGUGAGAAAGAUUGGCUGGCGAAAGUAAUAACAAAGAAUGAGCCAUCGCUUAUAAACAUCGGAGCAGUGGAUAUGGCACCCAAUUCACCAAUUGGCAUAAAAAAGGGAAAACGAUGCCCAGGUACACGGCAUCUUCAAUGCAGCGUUAAAAAACUUGGCCAUUCAGAUGUACACAAAGUGAAUGAAGAUUUCACAUCUCAACACUGUGCGAAUUGCCAGAAACACCGAUUCAAACACAAAAAUAUCGAUUCAAAGUGUGCCGUAACUGUACUCGCGAUGCACCAAUACCACAAGAAAUAGAACCGUAUAUCUCACUACCACGGCUAAUUGUGACGAAGAAGAGUCAACGACGCAAAAAUAAAGAUAGCUGCGUGAAGAAAUUGAUCACAAGAGGCAUCAUGGAUCCAGCAAAUCAACCAGCAGAAUUUCAACCAGGGCGAUUAGAGUCAAAGAAAAUGUACUUUCUGAAAAACUGGCUACUAAACCCUGUGAAUGCAAUUCAAAUGGGAGGCGACGCUGAUAAAUAUCCGGAACAACAACAACAACAGCAACAUCAAAAACGAUUUUGCACCGUUUGGCAUCGAGACAUUGUUGCGGCUAGAUGCAUCAUGUACAAAGGUCUUUGUUACAUAUUCAAUUUGGAAAUGCACAACUCGUAUGUCAGAGCACCAGCACCUCCAAGACCACCAUUGCGUAGAGGACAACCAGCACGCAGAAGAGCCAAUGCAAACGUUGUUCCAGAUCAA